CAGUUGUGAAUACAUUGAUUAAGGAUAUAAAUACGCUGGAUGUGCAACAGUUUUUACAAGAGAAAACGCCAAAAGUAUACUGAGCAGAGACAGUGAAUAACUUUUGGAGAUCAAAGAACUUUUGAAACGCGCUUAUAUACUUCUUCUUCUUGUAUUUCAUUUUUGUUUAUGUUCAAGUUUUAAGGUUAACAUUAACCUAUCAUCCUCUAAAACAUAUCUGUGCUCAUUCCCACAAUUUAAAUAUGUGUAGAACAGAUAUAAACAUUAUAAAUUUUAAGGAAAAAUUUCCCGAAAUAAAGAGAUCAUUGGAAGAUGCUAGGUUCAUCAGUUUCGAUUUAGAAUUUAGUGCCUUGUAUCCUCUAAAAGAGUACUCUCCCAGUAUUUUUGACACCCCUUCGGAAAGAUACCGCAAGUUACGAAAAAUUAUGGAACAUGUCGUACCCAUACAAAUUGGAAUUACAGCUUUCACCUGUGAUCUUACAGAUAACUGCUUCCGGGGCAAAAUUUACAAUUUUUACCUCCUACCGCCAUCAUUCCCAACGAUUCACAAAAAUUUUCUGUUCGACCCUGGCGCUGUAAAAUUUUUAGCAUUCCAUGGUUUCGAUUUUAAUCAGUUUGCAUCCGUAGGUUUACCCUUCUUGAGCAGUCCUGAAGAAGAAACCCUCAGGAAAAAGUUGAAGCAGGGUACCAUCACAAACGAUGUGGCUGAAUCGAAAUUGGAAUUGAACUCGCUCUUCUUUGAAGUACGCAAAAAAGUGAGAGAAUGGUACAAGGUUGCAAAACACGGAGACAAACUUUCUCUGCCUGAGAUAUACGAUAAAUUUUGGAACAGUUAUGAAAUGCUUUAUUUCAUACAUAAACGCUUCAGGUGCAAAUUUUCGAAGGUGUGGACUUUUGUAGAUGAGAAGAACAAAGAUUUUGUUUUACAGAAACUCACUGUCGAAGAGUGUGCAAAGCUGGAGGCAUCGCAAAACUUGGAAGAGGAGCUUAUCUCCCAGCUUUUAGGCUUCACGCGGGUCUUUCGACUUUUAGCGUCCCUUAAGAAACCAAUUGUGGGACAUAAUUGCUUCCAAGAUUUAUUUCUGAUGGUCCACAGCUUCGACAGCCCAUUGCCUUCCUCUUACAGUUGUUUUAAAAAACGUAUGAACCAACUUUUUCCCGUUAUUUUCGAUACGAAACAUAUCUCUCGUGCAAUAAAAUUGGAAGUUCCUCUUCGUAAGAGAUGGCAUGACAAAGGUUUGGACUUCCUUUACCGGUUUUUCAGCCAAGACGUGGGACGGUUUUUGGUGUACGAUGUACCUAAAUUAGAGCACGCGAACAACGGCUAUGUUGAAAAGUACCAUGAAGCUGGUUGGGACUCGUACUGUACAGGGUAUAUUUUUUUGUGUAUGGCAUUUUGGGCGUUGAACAGAAACUACUCUGGGUUGAGACCGUUUGUGAGCCCCCAUCUUAUUCAGGCCCUCGAAGAAUUCAAGAACAAGAUAAAUGUUAUUAGGUGUUCUGUUCAUUGUGUAAAACUUGAUGGUGAUGAUCCUAAACCCAUUAAGCCUCCAUUUUUGGUCCUGCAAUCCAACAUCAAGCGCAAUUUAAGCAUAUAUCAGGUGUCAAACAUGUUGAGCGGACUAGGAUUUUUUGAAAUUCGUACGUUUCCAUUCCACAGAGGAAGAUAUUUGAUUGCCACCGAUAAUGACCAAACCGCCAGAAAAAUUCACGAAGAAUUUCUAGGCGACGAAGAAUUUACAAUAACGGAGUACAGCUGGUGGGAGCAUUCAGCCGGAGCCAACGUUUGCAAAUUUACCGGCGUUGUGGCAACUAGUUUUCUUCUAGUAUUGGUAGCGGAUACAUUAAUAACCAAGUAUAGGUGAUGAGAUUGUGCCUAAUAUAAUUAGUAUUGGACUGACUUGUUAUUUUUUAUAUCUUUUCUCACUUACUGUUUUCACCAAGAUAUUUUAUAAAUAAAUAUAAGAAAUAAACUAUUUGUUAUUUAA